GGAGGGGGUGCAUCAUCAGCUCUGCGCUCAGAUGCUGAGAAGGCUGCCGAGCGCGCUGCACACCGCCGUGCGUUUGUCACCCUCUCAGCCACAGAGUGCCCCAAAGCACCGACCCGUUCCGAACCAGGCCGAAUCACCCUCACCACCUUCUCUCCCGCCGCCCGUCUGAGGCAAUGGAACCGUAACCCGCCAUAGACUCGUGCGUGAGAGCGACCGAACCAGCGGAGACUCGAAGACCAGGCGGCUAUGGAGGACAAGCGCGGAGAGGCUGGAGUCUAGACCGAACGCAGACCCCCCCAGCAAGAGCCACCUGUCCGGAGAACCCCGCAACCCCACUGAACCGCAUCAGCCACGCACGGAUUUUCUGUCCUCCCUGACCGCCUCAGACCGACUCUGCGCAGCGAGGAUGCGGGGGAAGCAGGCGAGCGUUUGCACGGGAUGCUGGAGACCGGUGCUGCUGUCGUGCGUCCUGGUUCUGCACUUGGUCCCGCCGGCGGUGCACGGAAAUGUUGGCGGGAUUAAUGCCACUGAGCCGGAGAGCACGGUCAAUAUCACCUCACUACUGGUGGAGGAGGAAGGGCCACUGAAAGUAAAUGAAGGUGUUGCCACAGUAACCGGGAUCAGCCACUCUGCCACCUCCAACCCCAUCAGCACUGUGACCCCGAGGGCGGGCCGGAUGCCACGCGCUGGCGAAGACGACGAUCAGAGCAGCGGUAUGUUCGGCGAAUCUGUGGUUCCGACAGUGGAGAAAGUGAGCGUGCCGGUGCCGCCCCAGCUCAGUCCUGAUUCAGCGGAGACAGAGCAUCUGUUACCUAGCAACCCACACCGAGAUGAAACAGCGGCGGAGGAGGAAAAAGAAGAAAAGGACGGGCGUUCGCCACACACUGACCCACCAUGGAUCCAAGCCAAAGACACAGCUGUGUUUGACCUGGACCAGAUAUUCACCACUACUGCCCCGCCCUCAACUGCCACCAACCCCCCUAACCCAGACGUUCUUCAUGUGGACUUCUUUGACCCCUCCUCUCGAGGGCGUAACUUAGACCUGGCCCCGCCCUCUCCUUCCUUGCGAGCUCAUGAGCUGCAGGGCAAUGAUGCAACUUCCUGGGUCAUGCAAGAAAACUACGACUACCUUACCCCCUAUGAAGACACCGUGUCCCCCACCUCUGAAGAUUACACCUACAGCACCACGACCGAUGCCUAUGAGAUCAGCGAAGACCCACGGGGCGCCGCUGGGUCCCCUUCUCGCUCCAAGACCCGUUUCUCUGGGUCAGGGUCCUUCAUCCCCGGAGCCUCCUUUCCUAAUGUGGGAGCUCCGAAGGGUCCUGUAGGUGCCAGCUCAUCAGGCGGAUGCCUCUUAGGGUACCAGCUGGUCAACGGCAGCUGCCGCUCGGCCUGUGACAUGCAGCCCAACUACUGCUUCAACGGAGGACAAUGUUACCAGCUAAACGGCGAUGAAAUGUUCUGCAGAUGCAACGUCCAGGAUUACAUUUGGCACAAGGGUUCCCGCUGCGAGUCUGUGGUCACCGAGUUCCAGGUCAUCUGUCUGGUUGUUGGCGCCUCGGCUCUGGUGGUCCUGCUCCUCUUCAUGAUCAUUGUCUGCUUUGCCAAGAAGCUCCACGUGCUCAAGACUGAGAACAAGAAGCUGCGAAAGCGCAGCAGUAAGUACCGGCCUUCAUCGGAGCAGCACAAUGAUAAUUUCUCGCUGUCCACCAUCGCUGAGGGCUCCCACCCAAAUAAAACCAUGAGCAGAUACACCUGGGAGUGUAAGACCAAAGAGGAGUCCGACUGCGAGUUUCAUGCUGACGGGAGGACAGAGGGCCCCUAUCCCGUAACCAUGGAAGUGACAUACCCACACGUCCUGCCUGAAGUUACUAUCUAGGCCAACAGCCAUCGGGAUGAUCCUAAUUCCCAGAACAAGCUGGAAGACCCGAUGAAGGCCCCGGCCAAGGAGGACGACUCCCUAAACAUCCACAACUCUCUGACCCCCAAACAAGAGAACCACAAGGUCCUGGGCGAGGAGAACUCCUCGGAGGUAAACUCACUGCAGAACAACAUGAUGUGAAACAAAGUGCGAAACAACCUGACAACAGAAAACAGCAAGGUGCCACUGGAGCCCACCACCCCCUCGCUGCUCUCUGUUACCCCGCCGCCGAGCGCCUCCAACCGCUCGACCCGGUCAACCAGCCUGCCGACGUACCAGCCAACCAACUCAGUCUGCAACCUUCUCCGACACGGCAACACUGCCACACGCGGCCUCCGGGUCGCUGCGAAACACACCGCCGCCGCCGCCAUCACUGCCCCAGCUGAAGUGACCCCCUGCCUCCCUCGCCUCCCCCCGCCCCUUACAUCCAGACCCCCCUUCCUUUCCCAAAUCCCAGUUUCUUUGUUGCUGUCACUCUACUCUUCCCUUUUCUCCUCUGCACACACUCACAUCUACACACACACAUGACGAGCAUACACACACUGUGAAAAUGAAACCACGCUUAUAUGUACACCCCCCCCCUCCCCUGCCUGCAUUGGUGUUUUUUGUAAAAAGAGCAAAGUCAUACAGAAGUUUAAAACCUACGUAAAACGUCAAUGUUAAAAAAAAAAAAAAGUUAAGAUAAAGCUACUGAAAGGUUUUGAUGUUUGUCUGACUAAUCCAGUGAGUAUGUAAAAAUAUUGGGAAAAAAAUUUGCUUGGAUUGAUUUAACAAGAAGCAACACAAUGUGUCUUGGUUUUCAUUGAUGUGAUUUCUAAUCCUUUGAUGUAUUUGGGUUUUUUGUUUUAUUUUCUUGGCUUUUUUGUACUUUUUUUGGACUUCGAACAGAAAAUAAACAGACCAGAUUCAGACAGUUGUUGAAAUAAACCUUUUUAACUUGA